UGCUUCAAAGACGCAGCUGCAUCAGAGAAUCAUGUGGAGCUCAGCUAAUGCGCCGAGAGCGAGGUAGCCCAGGAUGGAUUUUGAUGAGCGCGUGCCUUGCUCGUCUAACAUGUAUUUGCCCAGUUGUACUUACUACGUCUCGGGUCCUGAUUUCUCGAGCCUCCCUUCUUUUUUGCCCCAAACCCCAUCUUCUCGCCCCAUGACAUAUUCCUAUUCGUCCAACCUCCCCCAGGUACAACCUGUAAGAGAAGUGACCUUCCGGGAGUACGCCAUUGAGCCCUCCAGUAAAUGGCACCCCCGGGCCAACCUGCCCCACUGCUAUUCCGCAGAGGAGCUCAUGCACAGGGAAUGCCUGCCCGCCUCCGGCAGCGCGAGCGUGGGCGACAUGCUGGCCAAGAACUCCGCCAACGUCUACCAUCACCCCAGCACCACGGGCACCUCGUCCAAUUUCUAUAGCACGGUGGGCAGGAACGGGGUCCUGCCCCAGGCUUUCGACCAGUUUUUCGAGACUGCAUAUGGCCCCCCGGACAACCUGACCACCGCCGCCUCCUCCGACUACCCGGGGGACAAGGGCUCGGACAAAAUGCCCCCGGCGGCUGGGGCGGCGGCGGCUGCUGCAGCAGCCCCGCCAACUUCAAGUUCGGACGCCGGCGGCGGCGGCUGCGGCAGGGAGAGUUCGGCGGCGGCAGUGGCGGCGGCCACGGCAGAGGAAAAAGAGAGGCGCCGGCGGACUGAAAGCAGCAGCAGCCCGGAGUCAUCUUCCGGCAACAAUGAGGACAAAUCCAGCGGCUCCAGUGGCCAGCGGACCCGGAAAAAACGGUGCCCCUACACAAAAUACCAGAUUCGGGAACUCGAGAGAGAAUUCUUCUUCAGUGUCUAUAUUAACAAGGAGAAGCGUCUCCAGCUCUCUCGCAUGCUCAACCUGACCGACCGCCAAGUCAAAAUUUGGUUUCAGAACAGACGCAUGAAAGAAAAAAAAAUUAACAGAGACCGAUUACAGUACUACUCCGCCAACCCGCUACUCUAAGAGUCGGUCCCGCCUUGGGGGGUUCGUGGGGCUUUUUUUUUUUUCAAGAGGAGAUUAAACUCAGAUUUUGUCCUUGACAAGGUCAAGCCACACGGUGAUUUUUCAGGAGGAAGAUGUGGAACCGAGGGACAGAGGGAACUGUGGGGUUCACACGCCAGAACAGCACCCUGGACCCUCGGUGGGGUUUUGGCGUUAUUAUGGAGGACAAUAACAUUGUCCUAUUCCCAUAUCAACUGGAAUCCAUUCCAUUGGGACCCCUGUGCCCUUACUCGGAGUAUUUUGGCCACCCCAUGCCCCAGGGCGGAGCUUUUACCUUUUACUGUGACAGACACUGCACCCGCGCUAUGAGGAGACUAUCUCCUUAGUUUCCAAAAGGAAGCAUAGGACAAAGAGGGAAGGGGUCUCCACACCUAGCUGUAGGUCCCUUUGCUUGGGCCCCAGUGCAGGACGGCUGAUCUGGGAUGGAAGUGUCCAAGACCCAGAAUAUGCAUCGAGGACUAGUGCGAAAUCAAACUUAGAAAGGAAAAACAAAAAACAAAAACAAGAAACCAACCACACACCACCACGAACAAACUGAAAACUUUGGGAGGAGGGAGAAGGGGUAGGGGACCGAAAGAAGGGGAGUCUUCAUUGAGACCAGGGCCCCCGCUUUCCCUCAAUGGAAAGGAAGACAAGCAAUGCUCUCUCCAACAGCCGAUGCGAAAAGAGACAUACGAGAGGGAGCACAUUGGAAAUGUUUCUGAAAGAUUUCAGGUACCGACUCGCCCGAUCCCUUCGGGAAAACAAACAAGUGCUAUCCCAGCAGCCCCAGCCUUCUGCCCACCUGGAGAGACUCUGGGUUUUGUAGCGGGGAAGUAGUCUCGCUGGAGAGAGCCCUCCCGGGGCUCGGCCUGAGCCCCUGAACUUCAACAGUGGAUCAGAGGGAGAAGGGAGAGAAAAGACAAACUCCCCUUGCAGGCUGUUGCUGACUCCCCAAACUUUCUUCAGGAAAUACCUGUGGAGAGCGAGUUUGGCAAAUCCCACCCAACACUUAAUUGAAACGUGGAUUUGUGCAAUGCACUGACAUCGGAUCACUAAAAGCCCUUUCAUCCAGUGUUGUUUGCAAAGGGAGGGAGGGAGGCAGGAAUUCCACGACCGGGCAGAGCAGGCAGACAAUGUAAAUACUCUCGUUCUGUUUUCUCCCUUCCAGUUGCGUGUGUGUGUGUGUGUGUGUGUGUGUGUGUGUGUGUGUGUAUGUGUGUGUGUGCGUGUGUCCGCCCUACCAUUCCAUGUCCUAAAAGGCUUUGCCCGAAAUCCACCAGGAAAGGAGAGUUCUUUGCAAUUAUUUUAAAAGAGAAAUAGUCUAUAGAGAUAUAUAUAUUUCCCUGCAGGAACCAAAGCGAUGGAAGAAAAAUGCAAUUUAAAGAAAAAGGAAGAAUGAAAAACUAUUUAAGAUUCUAUAUCUGUUUACAAAGGGAGCGAUGUUCAUGGCGAGGUUAAUUUACUGGUGAGAAUUUUGAAUGUAUGUUUCAUACAGGAACAGUGUUUUACAAGACUUGUAAAUAAAGAAACCAUAACCUAUUUUGUUUGAAUACUUUUUUUUACAUGUUUUAAUUUGGGGGGGGGAAGCGGGGAGGGAAGGGGCUUUUCAAACUUGUGCAAAGUCAGGGGUACCUAUAAAUGAAUUGGAGGACGGUUAGCUUACCAAACGGGGCCGCGUCCUUCCUUACCACGAUUCAGUGAGAUGCAGUAUCUUCAUAUUCCAUCACUGUUUUGCGAAAUGUAUCGUCUCUAUGUAUGUACAGUAUUCUUUUCGUAUGCCAAGGUAUUGGGCUGCAUGUAUACACUGCAA